AUGGCUGCUUUGCCUUCUCCUACUCAGGUGGCAGGGACCCACAGUGCAAUAUAUGAAGCUUAUUAUCAUCAAGUGGAUCCCCAAGGCACAGGGGCCAUACAAGCACUCGAUGCUGCAAGGUUUCUUAAGAAGUCAUACCUCAGUGAUGUGGUCCUCAGUAAGAUCUGGGACCUCUCUGAUCCCACUGGAAAGGGAUAUCUUGAUAAGGCGGGGCUAUUCGUGGCGCUGAAGCUGGUGGCGCUGGCACAGGCCGGCCGAGACAUCAACAUGACCAACAUACACACCGACGCGCCACCGCCCAAAGUCGGUGAGAUACCGAAAGUGUCACACGGUGCGGCACCGGCGCGACCCGCGGCCCCCUCGCCGCUGGCGCCGCUCAGCGACUGGACCAUGAAACCGUCAGAGCGAGACAAAUACAGUCAGCUGUUCGACUCGCUGCAGCCAAGUAACGGACUCAUAGCCGGGAACAAGGUAAAAGGGGUAUUAAUGGAGUCGAAGCUUCCUUUAGAAACUCUAGGUAAAAUAUGGGAUCUGGCCGAUCAAGACAAGGACGGAAUGUUGGAUAGGCACGAAUUCAUGGUGGCCAUGCACCUAGUGUACAAAGCCUUGGAAAAGCACGCGGUACCAACUACGUUGCCGCCGGAGUUACGAGCGCGUCCAGCGCGGCCCCCGUCUCGGCCUCCCUCGCGUCCCCCCUCGCGGCCCCCUUCCCGUCCCCCCUCGCCACAACCCCGCGCCGUCCCGCCCCGCCCAGUGCCCCCGCCCGCACAGCCGCAGUCCAACGCCUCGCUCCUCGAGGGAUUGUUAGAUCUAUCCACUCCGCCUUCACAGACAGCACCAUCGCCCAUCCCAGGUAUGGGGGCGCCCAUUCCGGCAAUGAUGGGGCCCCCGCUCGUGUCUGCGUCACCAGCGAGCGUGGGGGCGGGGGCGGGGUCGGAUGCGUGGGUGGUGACGGCGGCCGAGAAGGCGGUUUACGACGCGCAGUUCCAGGCUGCGGACGCCGACAGAGACGGAUUCGUUUCCGGCGCGGAGAUCAAACACACGUUUUUGGAAUCCGGUCUGCCACAGCAGACGCUGGCGCAUAUAUGGUGAGUUUUCUUAUAUAUUUAGCUAAGUUGAAAAUUAAAAUAAUAUUUUAUUCAAAAAUUCGAUUGAUAACAAAUGUCACUCGACAUAUUUAUGACAACUGAACAUUUAUAUCACAUCUUGCAACUUUGUCUUCACUAAUCACGAUGACAUCUGAGUUUCUAAUGCAAAAAUUUGUCAAGUCAAGCAAUGGACUGGAGGUAAUUUUAUGUCAGGGCGCUGUGUGACACGGAGAGCACGGGCAAGUUGUCCCGCGGUCAGUUCGCGUUAGCCAUGUGGCUGAUAGCGCGCGCCACCCGCGGGACCCCGCCCCCACCCGCCCUCACCCCUGACAUGAUUCCGCCCGAGUGCCGGCCUACUAACCACGCCCAGGUACCAUAAUGUG